UGACGUUCCGCCCCUUAUAGAAUCGAUUAUUGAUGGGAAGAUAUUAUUUAACUAUCCAAAAUAUUAUUUAAUUAUUUUCAGAAUUAUUUUCUUUCAAUGUUUAUUCAAAUAGAACUUAAACCCAUCUCAGAAUUUUUAAAUGCUUGAUGACGUCACAUUUAAAACGUGGCAACAUUGGUUUCCCCACUUUGACAGCCAAUGCUUAGUAGAGGGGUACGAAGGAUUCAGCUGUGAACGUGAGCCUUGGAUUGCCAUUGUUUCUCGAGUGUUCGGUCUGAAUCGUAGUGUGCGGGGUCAUUAGACUCAAUUAUUCACCUCUAAUUCUCAGUUCCAAAUUGAUUAAAUAUUACAAUAAAAGUAUAGUGAAGUUAUCCAGCAGCAGUGGAUUUGAAGAAUUUUAGAGCAUACUAUAUCCAAUGAGUUCUACCCCGCACCUACCAUGAAAUCUUAAAGCCACCCUACAACAACACCAAGGCCAGACCACACAGAGAGAAACAAUCAAUAGGCGACCAGCCUGGAUUAUUUCCACAUUUUCUUUUUUUGAGUACCUCCAGCUGCUUUCCAACAGUUUUGAGUACCUUCAGCUGCUUUCUACCAGUCUUCCUCUCCUGUACCUCCAGCAGGACAGCUGCUAGCGAGAGUUAGCACCCUUGGGUGCUCAUUACAUCAACUUCAAGAUUAGGAAAGAGUGGUUUGUUUGGGAACAUUUACUGUGCUCUUAUUAAAGACAGACUGGUUUUGUGAUAUUUAGUACAUUUUUUUUUAUAGUUCAAUUGCACACACAUUUUUCCUGCUUUAUAUUUUUUAUAGGUUUUUUUUUCUUUACAACAUAAUAUUUAAUUGAUAGCGUUCCCCAACACUCUGCAAUCUAUAAAGGUAUAAAUUUCUGAGCUCAGAUAUUUUCCCUGAUAAUAGUAGUCGGUACUCUUAUCUUGAUUAUUUUUAGGCUGUGUUCCACUUUUGUAUAAUUAUUUAAACUCAUUCCAUUAUUUUAGUAUAUGUUUAAUUAAAUUUUUAAAAAUUAACUUCACAUAUUAGUCAAAAUUGUAAUUAUUAACUUUAUUUAACUCGAACUUAUUAACUUUACUUAACUUUAACUUAUUAACUUUAUUUAACUUUAACUUUAAUUUAUUAAAUUCAUAUGAACUUCUGGAUUCUAAUCCCUCAGAUUAGUUUUUGGUUUCACUUGUUAUUAUUACUAUUAUAAACCACGAGUUAGGAAAAGGAUCUGUGUAUCCACUCGUAGGUUUAUUUAUUCAAUAAGGCUUGUGCCUGUCCCACUCACAGUGAGGUAUUUAUAUGUUAUAUAUAGUAUCAGGUAGUAUUUAAUUAAGGUGUACGUAUUAUAAACGUACAAUUAUUAUUUGGUGAGGGUUCUACUAACCUAGUUGUAAGUUGUACUUCCUGUAUUAGAGGUACCCGUAGUCAGUUUUUCUAACCUUAUAAAGAGUAUUCUUAGAUCAUAGUUGUAUGAUGAUUUUGUAAUUGACUUUCACUAGUAUCACUUUUUCCUGUCAUGUUAGAGUUACACACUAGUUACUUGUCCUAACUCAGAGAUUGUUAAAAAGAUCUAGUAGUUACAUUCAAUAAAUAUACAUUUAUUGUGAUUUUUUUUUUCUUAUUACUCCUUUAUUUUUAGUAGUAUAUUUUAUAAUUUAAUAAUCUUUAAUAACUUUUCACAUACUUGUACUACAAAUUUAACAUACUCUAUAGCAGCGUAGAAUACCUGGAAGAGCGUUAACCUAGUUAUCCUUCUUCUGGCGCCCAAAAAUUCAUUCUAUUUUCAGUAUAUUAUUAUAUUUACUCUAUCUAUUUUCUGAACAUUAUCUUCAUAUCUUCUUUUCGAGCCAUCAUUGUCACUUCCUUUAAUCUAUUGUCUGGCCAAAAAUAGCCGUGCAAAUUGGCCGAAUCCUUCCUUGAGUGUCAAGUGGCCCUUCUCAUACAUAUUUAGCUAGCCAUUCAAGUUAUAUCUAUCUAUUAAUGAUUUCUCAUCUCUAGUCCUGUAUCAAUUCGAUAUUCUUUGUCUUGGCAUCCUUCCAUACAAAUACUACUACAAAGUUGUAUUUUAGUUACUCCAGCUUCUUCAACGGAGAAGCCACACAUUUUUGUCCUUUGGCUACAUUAAGUAGAUCUUCUUCUUUUUACUACUUCUGUUGGAGUUUACCACUCCCUUUUCAUUCACUCCAACAGAAAAUCAUCAGCUAGUUGUUACAUCGGCUUUCCAACGUGGUGGCUUUAUUUUUGGUCUGAGACAGUAUUCAUUUAGGUCAAUUCUUCUCUUUUAUCUGAAAUCUCUUUGUUAUUUCCGUUUGGUAUCCUAUACACAUAUUGUUACUUAUUUAUUUUAUUUUUAAUUUCUGAUACAUAUCAGGUAUUCUUAAACGCUGUUUUGAUUUUUGUUUAUAUUUUGGGACCUCAUUAUAGUAUAUGUUUGUGCAGCUUACAUUCUGGGUUAGAUUUUGAAUUUUUAUUGGGAACUUAUAUUUAAUAUUGCUAUUAAUAAUAUAAUUCAUAUAACAAUUUUAUUUCUUCAGUCAAUAGUGGUAUAGUUGGAGGUACAACUAAGUGUUGAUUAUUAUCAUUAUUAUUAUAGAUAUAUAUUUUUUCUAGAGUGGUGGUAAGUUACAUAUAAAUAAAAAAAUUUACUUCCAGUAUUUAGGUAGUAGGUUUACUUGAGUAUACAAUAUUUAUUGGAUUAUUUAUCCAUUUAUUUGAUCUUAUAUAUUUAUUUGAUCUUAUUUAUUAGAUUAUAUACUGCAUUAUAUAUAUAUUUUUUUUUUGCUGGCUAUUUUGAUUUUGUUGGUGUGUUGCUGAUAUUUUCUCGGUUUAUAUUAUAUAUAUUUUGCGUGCAAACUUUCAUAUUUUCAUAUUUUUCAUAUUUCUGUUCUUUGGACUAUUUGUCAAUAACUUUGCUCUCAUCAUGUGUGCUUUUAAAGCUGAACAUCUUCUGGUGGAUGAAUUGGAUUAUGAAUUAAAGAUUCGGGACAUAAUGCCAGAGGAGUCGACAACUGUCGAUAAAAAACGCAAUCUUUUGAGAGGUGCUUUGAAACAAGAAGCUGGCAAUAGAAGUUUUCUCCAAAUUUCAGCUGUAUCCCUUCCUUUUGAGGAACAACAAAAAGGAAUCACUGAAACAUUGGACAGCUUGUCUAAAAAAAUCGAAAAGUUUAGGGGAACUGUAAAGGAUACAGAGUAUGCGCGAUUAACAUCUCGUCUAGGCCAUAUUUCUGCCCGUGUACACUUGCUACACUGUCCUUCUGAAGAACAGGAACCGUUCAAGAGGUCUGUUUCUCUUAAAAUAUUAACACUAGAGGGUGAACUUGAUUCUAGAGUUAACCCCAUUGCUACCUCUACUCCUAAUGCUUCAGUCAAUGUACCUAGCUUUACGUACUCCAAACCUGUUCAAGUACACAAAUGGGGUAUUUCAUUUUCAGGUGAAAAACAGCACACUGAUGUGAUGUCAUUUUUGGAAAGGGUUGAAUGUCUUCGAAUAUCUAGAGGGGUUUCGGAAGAGGAUUUGUUUGCUGCUUCUGCUGAGUUGUUCACCGGGACCGCUUUUACAUGGUUUAUGAAUAACAGGGGUAAUUUUUCUUGUUGGUCUGAUCUGAUUAAAAAGUUGAAGUCGGAUUUUCUUCCGUAUUCAUUCCAGGAUGAUUUAUUAGAUCAAAUUAAGAAUCAUAAGCAGAAACCUGGGGAAUCUGUUACUAUGUUUAUUAAUACUAUAUUAGGUAUGUGUAGUCGUUUAGACACUCCUUUGUCAGAUUUAGCUAAAAUUAAAAUCAUCCUUAAAUGUCUAUUGCCCUUUUAUCAUCAACAAUUAGCUCUUAUGGACAUUCAGAACAUUGAUGACCUUACUAUAAAAUGCAAACGUUUGGAGGAAACGUUAUCCUGGUCUUCUCAACCUCCAUCCACAUCUCGAUCCUCUUCUAACUCUUCUUCUCAGCCAACUUCCUUUAGGCAACGUUCUUGGCUAAAUAAGGGUCAUGAACAUAAUGUUUCGGUUGUUAGUUCUCUUGUCUGCUGGAAUUGUGAUCAGCCUGGUCACCCAUUUUACAAUUGUGGGAUUCCUCAAAAUCGUAUUUUCUGCCAUGGUUGUGGCCGAGAGAACACCCUUAAAAGAAACUGUUCUAAGUGUUCGGGAAACGACACGUCGGAGGUCCGUCCCCUGAACGUUUCUCCGUCCAACAUCCAAUCAGGGAAUCAAACCCCAUCGUCAAACGAAACUGCUGGACCAAGCACAUCCAGCAACCCAAACCCAUCUUCACGAAAAGGGAAAGGGGUGUCGUUCAAGAAAGCAGCACACACCACAAAACAAAAUUAAACCAGAAAUUUAUUUCUAUAGAUAAUACGUUAGAUUCGCUUGAUUCAAAUGAUCACAGAUGGUCAUUUACAAACGCUUCUUUGAUUGGUAGUGUUCAACGUAACAAUAAUAAUUGUGAUAGUAAUGUGGUUCCAUUAUCUAUAUUAGAUUCUAGUUUUGUUAAUGAUGAUGAUACGUCUGGGUUAGUUCCAUAUAACGGUUGUAGACAACCAAAUACUUUAGAUCUAGAUAUUAAUUCGUUAUUAGUUAGGAAACAAAAUGAUAAUAGGCCAUAUCUUCCUAUUCAAAUUUUAGGACAAUCGUGUUUAGCUUUGUUAGAUAGUGGCUCUAAUAUUUCAUUGAUAGGGGCACAUUCGUUAAAUUUAUUGAAAAAUUCUAGUAUUCCCAUUAUGCCCAUUUCAUCUUUGCAAGUAUCUACUGCAGAUGGUACAGUUCAGUCCAUUACGGGCAAACUCCAAAUUAAAAUCACAGUGGCAGAUUUAUGUAGGGAAAUUACAUUUUAUGUUAUUCCU